AGUAAAUCUAUUGUUAUACUGAUAUAUUCAUCACAUGGUAUAUACGAGAUAACUGUGUCAGCAGGCGAUGUAAUAAUAAAUGGUUUGUAGUUACGACUACUGUGUUAAUAUAAAGGGGAAAUAACCUUACGAAGUGGCCGUCAGUAACCGAGACAGAGUGAUCUGCCAUCACUUCGUUUUGAUGCAAGUCCAUAGUGUUGGUAAUUUAGUUUGAUACAGCGUGAUACGCAAUGCUCUCUUGUACACAGCAGUAAACACGAACUGGAGUUGCAGUGUAUAUGAGCCUUGGUUUAAUAAGCUAAUAUUAGAGUUGAGAUAAGUGGAAACAUCAUAAGAUCAUCCUUUAUUAUUACACCACGGUGAGCCAAGUGUAACAAUAACUUCACAAAGAAAUAAUGACGUCUCUAAUUUAUAAGAUAACUAGAUAAGUCUAGUGGCAGAAAGUAGUUCCAUAAAGUCUACAGCCAUAAUAUUAGUACACCAAAAAAAAAAACAAGUUGAUCACCAAAGGCCAGUUGACCACUACAAAACCAGUCGACCAACGCAAAGCUUACUGACCAUAAAAAAAGACUACCAAAAAAGCCAAUUGUCUAGCAUAAAAGCCAACAGAACAUCCAGAAAGCCACCAAAUUUAGAGCAGCAAUGUUUGACGGUAAAGUUGCCGUCAUCACGGGCUCUAGUUACGGCAUCGGCAAAUGUACAGCCGUUAUGUUUGCCAAGCAAAGAUGCCGUAUUGUAUUGUGUGGACGUAAUGCCCUUAGACUGACCAGUGUCCUUCAAGAAUGUCUUGACGCAAGCGGUGGACACAGUGAAAGGUUUUUAGUUGUAAAAGGGGACAUAACAGAAGCAGCAGUCCGGAAGCGAAUGAUCCAGCAAGCGGUCGAUGUGUUUGGGCGAUUGGACAUAUUGGUCAACUCCGCCGGUAUGUCACCGGAUGACCCCACGCAGAACAAGUUCACCGAAGAUGACUUUGAUCUGUGUAUGGAUGUCAAUCUCAAGGCGGUGUAUUUCAGUAUCCUGGAGGCGGCCCCACAUCUUGAGAAGACAGGGGGUUGCAUCGUCAACAUGUCAUCCUCACUAAGCGUCCUAAAGUCUCCUGAGGAUAUUGUCGAAGGCAUGGCAAAAGCUGGAGUGGAUUACUUGACCAGGUCAUUUGGACUGAGCCUGUUUGCAAAAGGCAUUAGGGUCAACGCUGUCUUACCCACGCUGGCCUUAAACAAUACUUCUGGUUUCGACUGGUGGGACAAAUUUGCUCAAGAAUACGGGCCUCUUCACCCCCUGUACGGGAGGAAUAGUACGCUGGAAGAGCAGGCCAACGUUGUCUUGUUUUUAGCCAGCCCCGAGGCCAGUUGUAUCAGCGGAGAAUGCCUCCUAGUUGACGGUGGGAUAACCCUGAUAGGACCAACAUAAUAGAACAGCCCCAGGUCUACUACACACUUUGAACAGCAGUUGACCAAGACAGUUGGCGUGUGAAGUUAAUAAAGAGUUAGCAGUAGUUUCCCAAUGACUUCCAUGCGUGAUUCACAUGAUAGAAUUGUUUUUAAAAUCCCAUUUAAUAUUUUUGAUUAUGAUUAUUA